AUGGAAUUGGAGAAAGUUGAUAAAGUAAUGAAGAUAUCAAUUGAAGAAUUUGAAAAAGUGAUUAAGUUCAAAGGAAUUACGGAAACAAAAUCGGGUUGUGAAAAGAAGCAUCAACAAAUGGAUCAAAUGGAUCAUCAAAAUUGUAAACUUGAAGUCAGCAAACAUGAGGAAACUCUUCGAAAUG